AUGUUAAAUAGAUUUCUUUUAUCAAAAAUAAAUCCAUGGGUCUUGAUUGGUAUAAUAUGUAUAACAAUCACGUUAAUAGAUGUACCGCUGGUAACGGCAGAUCUUAAUUCUACUUCUGAUUCAUCCGAUUCAGAUUGUGUGGUAUGUACAGAUGUUCCCAAAUGUCCUAGUUGCCCGUCAGGCACGACUUGCGUCCUUACUGUGAGGACUUGUAAAAAAUGUCCAGUGGCAUCUUGCAAUAGCACAGUAAGUCCCUCUAAUUCCAAUGGGGAUAAUGGAAGCAGUAAACUAAUACCGGCUGUGAUUUGUGGUGUCCUUGCUUUAAUUGUUUUGGCUGUUGCUAUAUAUUUCUUAUACAAACGAAAAUCUAAAAGUAAAGGCAUUAAAUUAGAUAAUGGUGAAGAAGUCAGUUCAAUGUAUUCUGAAAAUGUUAUUCCGAUUGCCUACAUACCACCACCUCAAGAUACUUAUAGUAGAACGCGAAUGUCAAUAGUUAGCGCGGGAACUACACCACUAGGUAGUCCAUUACAUAAAAAUACUACUUCUGAAACGUUAAUUGAUUUUAUAGAAGAUGAUGAUGCGAUUUCAGAAGUUGAUACAAAGAGUUCUUCACAAUCAACAUAUAAUGGAUCUAGCGAUCCUAACACUCCAAAAACAGCCAAAUCUUUCUUGACCACGCCUUCAACAGCAUCUUCUCCGGGUAGUCCGACAAAAUCUUCAAUUGAUACUGAAUCAAAUAAUGAUGUACUGCCUAGUAUUGAUAUAGAAAGACCAUCAACUGAGUCAUCUCGCCCACAACUUAAAGAACUAUCACAACAGCACCAUCUCGAUUCUCCAUCCCAAGAUCAAAUAGAAGGGCGACAGUCAUUCGGACUAUUCGGUGGUGACGAAGUAUAUAGUAAAGAGCCUAAAUCUCCUGAAUUACUAAGAGAAAGUGUGAUAAGUUCAACUAGUACUAAUGCUAGAAGUACUAUGUUAUCUGACGAAGGUGAAAUUAUGAUAUUUUGGGGAGGAGAUGAGCAAUAG